AUGGGUAAAACUAGCAAAGAUAAGCGCGACAUCUAUUACCGUUUAGCCAAGGAAGAAGGAUGGCGUGCUAGGAGUGCUUUCAAGCUGAUACAAAUCGACGAGGUGUACAACAUUUUCGAAGGGGUAACCCGGGCUGUCGAUCUUUGCGCGGCUCCAGGGAGCUGGAGCCAGGUAUUGUCCAAGCGCCUGUACGAAAGCCGUGAUCCUAAAGACCGCGAUGAGGUGAAAAUCAUCGCCGUAGAUCUCCAGGCCAUGGGGCCUCUUCCGGGUAUUAUUCAACUGCAGGGCGACAUAACCAUGCUCAGCACGGCCGAAGCUAUCAUUCAGCACUUUGGCGAUCAACAGAAGGCUCAGCUCGUCAUAUGUGACGGUGCUCCGGACGUUACCGGAUUGCACGAUAUCGACGAAUACAUCCAAUCGCAGCUGCUGUUGGCUGCGCUAAACAUCACCACACACGUACUCGCCCUGGGUGGCACGUUUGUGGCAAAAAUUUUCCGCGGAAAAGACACUUCGCUGUUGUAUUCGCAGUUGCGAAUAUUUUAUCAAAGCGUUUCGAUUGCCAAACCACCCAGCUCGAGAAACUCCAGCAUCGAGGCGUUUGUGGUGUGUCAGAACUACAUGCCUCCGGAAGGCUACGUGCCGCAGCAUAUCAAUCCAAUGCUGGACGACGUGCAGACGAUCGCACGUGCAACGGAUUCGCCAGUUAAUCGGGCAAUCAUUCCUUUCGUGGUCUGUGGGGAUCUGCGUGAGUUCGAUUCGGAUAUGUCGUACAGCUUGAACAUUGAUCCCGAAAGAGACUAUGAGUACCGAGACGUAAUGCAAAAACCGCUUGCACCAGCCUACAGUGAAGUGCUGGAGCGCCUGAAGACGACUUCUCUAAAGCACGGCAGUAUCAAGGUGGAAGCUGACAAAAAGAAGGACUAAAAAAACUUUGAGGAACGUCGAAGCGAAGCUAAUUUUCACAUAAACGCUUAUAAAAUUCUAUAACAGAUACUUCACCCGAAUAUAAAUGAAUAAACUGGCAGUCACGCCGAAGUGAAGCUAACUUUCACAUA